AUGUCUGAAACUGAAAACUGGAUAUAUAAAUCAAUAAGCGAGGGUCAUAUUCAGUUCAUUACUUACGACAGUUUUUCUAACGUUGAAGCUAUAGCGCGCGGUGCUUUUGGUGAAGUCUCAAGGGCUUGGUGGAAUAGUGCUGAAAAAUAUGUUGCGUUAAAAACUUUGUAUACAAAUCCUGAAUCUAAUAAACCGGAUAAUGAUUCCUUUCAAGAUCUCGUAAAUGAGGGUAUGAUUCAAGGUGGUAUUGGUGGCGGCUAUCAAAUUCCGAAUCAAAGUGGUGGAUACCCUCCCUAUAAUCAAAGUGGUGGUGGUUAUCCAAUGCAGAAUCCGGGUGGCCUCCCAAUGCAGAAUCCAGGUGGCCGCCCAAUUCAAAAUCCAGGUGGCCGCCCAAUUCAGAAUCCAGGUGGAUACCCAAUUUAUAAUCAGAAUAGUGGUUAUCCAAAUCCAAAUCAAGGCGCUGGUUAUCCAAAUCCGAGCCAUGGUGGUUACCCAAUUCAAAAUCAAGGCGGAAAUUAUCCAACUCAGGGUCCUCAAAUGUCUUAUCCUAUGCAAGAUCCAAGGAUGGCCUAUGUUCAACGACCAUUUCAAAAUCCUAAUUACCCGCAGAAUAAUAAAAAUCCUAACUAUCCGCAGAAUAAUCAAAAUCCUAACUAUCCACAGAAUAAUCAAAAUCCUAACUAUCCACAGAGUAAUCAAAAUCCUAACUAUCCGCAGAGUAAUCAAUCGAUGCAGAUGCCAACUCCACCAACGAUGAAUAACAUGCAGCCAUCGCCAUAUCCUCAACAAAAUUUUAAACCUCCAUCGCGUCCUGAUCAACCAAAUUUCAAACCUCCUUCGCGUCCUGAUCAACCAAAUUUCAAACCUCCUUCGCGUCCUGAUCAACCAAAUACUGGAUAUGCCGCUGGAGUCCCUCCAUCUCAACAGAUUCCUCCACAAUAUUUCCAACAACGCCCACCUUUACAACAAUUUCCUAUGCAACCAAAUCAAAAUAUACCAAAUAAAAAUGUGAUGAAUCAAAAUGUACCGAAUCAAAAUAUGCUGAAUCAAAAUAUACAUAUUCAAUCAACUCAACAUCAAGUUCCUAAACAAUAUUCAUCUAUGCGUCCAUGUAUGGAGCUCCUUGCAAAGCACGCUGAUGAACAUCAUUCCACAUUUACCGGGCCAGAUAAUUGUGGUGCAGGUUACCACGUAGGCUACGGCGACGUAGUUGGACUACAGUUUCAUCUAGACAACAUGAGCAUUCCUGUUGACUCUGAUAAUUUUGAAUUCGCAAAUAAGCAAGAGCCCUUAGUACUAAUAGCAUCGACGUAUUGUUCAGGAAGAAAAUUAAUAUCGAUAUUAAAGUGUCUAAAAGAUUAUAAAGCAGAUUUUUCAAAAUUCGACCCAAUAACAAAAAGAACAGCAUUACAUUGGUUAUUUGAAAAUACGGUAUUACGCAAGGAUGUAACAGAGAGAAGUGGUGGUGUGAGAAAAUAUGUCGAUUGCGUCAAAGAUGCCAUAAUGAUAUUGACAAGUUAUGAAGAUGUUAAACGCAAUUGUAACAUUAAUGCCACAGAUUAUGAAGGAAAAACCAUAUUAACAUGUUAUAUGAUAGAUCUAUUUGGUAAUAUAAAACCUGAAGAAAAAAAAGAAAUAGUUUCUUCACUACUUGAGCGUGGUGCUGAUCCAAAUAAAGGAUGUACUAUCAAGAGUAUAUUUUAUACAUUUGAAGCACCGACUGCACUAUUUAUGGCUAUACAUUAUGACUGGCCAACUGAAAUAUUUUCACAAAUCUACAAAUGCAAAAUGGGAUGUGAUGUUAACAUAAAGGAUACUAAACAACGGAAUAUCUUGAGUUUAGCAGCCUCUGAAAGAAAACCUGAUUAUAUGAAGUGGUUAUUGGAAAAUUGUGCGGAUUUAAGCAAACCAGAGAGCAUGAAGCUUGCAUUCAAACAUGCUGGAAAUUUCAUUACUAAGGAAUAUAGAACAUUACAAUUUUUUGAUAAAGGAAAAAUAAAGUUAAUACCUGAGUUUGAUAAAAAGACCUCGUCCCGUGAUAAUACAAAUUCAAAGUAG